UUCCUUGUGGCACCCAGCUUAUAGUUCGUCACCUCCUCUUGUGUGUGCUCCGCGAUGUACAACCACCGCAGAUCCCAUUCUACGCGAUGACCCGCACGAUACCUCGUCCUCUGAGGGGUCACCCUUGUGCGUGAAGUUCAUCAAUCAUGAUAUGCACGCUGCAUUUGGGAACCUCGAAGAUUCUAAUCCUCCUGCUUCACCACCACCGGUGGUGCUGUACCGACAGUUUUCAGCUGUGCCUCGUUAUCCAGAACCUAGUUCCACGGAAUGGAUGACUUACUUUACGUCUUGCAAUGUGAAGGUUGAUCCUUUCGGACGUUUUGUCAUGCCUCCGUUCGAGGCACAUUCGCUUGUGCAGUCGGCGGUUUCCUGUCAGGACAAACAGAUGCCACGGACGCGAAAGCCUUUUGCAUAUCAGACGAAGCCUUGUCGAUAUUUUGUGGCAACGGGUAAGUGUCAGAGUGGGGAUAAAUGCACGUUUAUACACGACCCUCGAUCAAGGAAAUCGACUGAAAAAUUUUCUAAUACCUCCACGAGCGUGGAUGCCAGAGAACUAGAGUCAAGAAAAAAUCUUUGCCAAUCGAAGGAUUUCUACCCAAUCACGUGGCGGGUCAUUGGCGGCGGUGUCAUGAUGGGUGGUGAACGGAAAGUCUGUGACGCUUUUAUUACUGGAUAUUGCAAGGACGGAGAUGAUUGUAAAUUUGCACAUGAAACGGAGCUGGAGCUGGACCCAAUCGGGUGCCUGAAAGUGAGGUCCGAGGCUGACUUACCAGCGGCUAGGGUGUUUCUUUGUGAGGCAAAUUCACGAGAGUCGAACGGCACUGGGGAAAAGCCGGCGCUGAACGGUCCGCAAGGCCACUCGCAACUAAAAAGACCAUGUGACGCUCCUACAUCUGCUGCGAAACUACCAGUUCCAGCGGAAACCUCUCAGCAAAAAACACCCGGAGGGAUGCCUCCCGAACAAAUGGAUCUCGGGACACAGGAGAUAGGCGAGGUCGAGAUCACCGAGACCAGCACGGUGAAGCCGCCAUCGACCGUUCCUCAUCGGCGGACGAGGUCUAUGGUUGGUCCUCCGUCGUCGUUACAUGCCGAGCCAAUUGUAGCCUCACCAAGUUUCUUAGCGGAAUUUUGAGAGUAUAGGGUAAAUGCAGUACAGCCCUCCCCUAUGACUACUUGCAACAGUACUUGGAAGAUUCCCUCUCGACUUCUCAAGGCAACGGAGAUUAUUCUUCGAGAAGAAAACCUUCUUACGUACACGCCGAUCGUUACGCACUACAGCUCACAACAAUAUUGCAGAUAGCAACGUCGAAGGGUCAAA